CCGAAGUUUGUCAACAUUCGAUGACAGGCAACUUUUGACCCUCAGCCAUAAGACCACUCGUUCGCUUCAGCCCUCACUGUUCACCUCUACAGGAUCCAUCACAACUACCCUACCUUCGAGAGACCUUAAUCAUGUUACAGUUCCUCCUCCUACUUGUUCCAUGGGCAUUGGCCCUACCGACGGACACUCGCGCAGACAAUAAUGCGCUUUACAACAUCGCCAUUGGGAAAGGGUUUCCUGGUGGACAAUUUACCAAGCUCCAUUUCGACCAUGACAUCCUGGCCACGAGAAAGGGGCAAGCUCUGUUCACUGAGUUGCAACAAGACUUGAACUCUUUGACCAGUUUGGUCAAUGAUAGUCUUUCUCCAGAUCGAGCCACCGCCCUCACACAAACAUUGACGUCUUCUUUUCAUCAAGUCAAGAGUACUUCUGAUUUCGAGGACCAGGAUCUGUCCUUCAUAGGAGAAAACGAUGAGCUCUAUGCCUUGAUAUCUCACUGUAAGCUGUCACCCGACUGCAGCUAUGUCGUGUACGAUGCUGGAAGCGAAGGAUUCAAGUACUCUACGCCAAGUGCAACACAGGAUUCCACAAAAAGUGUCAAGCUUCGCAGGUGUGAUAUCGGCACCACCGAACGGGUCCUAUUGGGCAUCAUGUCAGUUGGUUUGACGGAACUUAUCUUGGCUGUCAAUGGAGGCCGAUGUUAGGGGUGCGUAAGCUUACAGGAGGAUUGUGGGAAGGACUUGAUGAGCAGACAUCGGAGCCGGCAUGAUCUUGAAAUGGAGCCUUGUGUCAAAGAAUUUAUAGAGUCGACAACGUGGGAAUGUGACACUUCAAAUUUUCAAUGGACCGGCUAAUGAGAAGCUCACCAUUCUAAUGCGGAAUGUUUGCC